AUGACCCUCGAAAGCGAAUCGUCGUGGUCCUUCGCCGACCUUCCCGAUUCUCAGCCUGCGCCUUCAGCCGAUCAGCAGCAGCAGACUCGUCCUGACCGCCCACGACCCAGCAGACACAGCAGCCUGCCGCGAACAUUGUUCGGUUCUGGGGUGACCUCAAUCUUUGGGGGGCCAUCGACUGCAGAACCUACUUCGAAUAUGCAAAGACACCAUUCCGAAGAUGUAGUCGUCGGCGAACCAGCACUUUCGACCCUUCGAUCGCCCGCCAUGAAAGAGCCGCAGUACAGUGCUGAGUCGUCAGUUGGUGUGAAUACUCGCCUGAUACCAAGAGUCGAGAAAGACGCCGAUGAUCCAACGACUCCUCCUGUCUCUUCGCGGAAUGCAAGACAUGAAUCGACCACUUUGACCACACUGAGCAGGUUGUUUGCUGUACAGGCCGCCACUUCUCCAGAACACUCGCGCAAUCCAUCCUACAAUACCUCCACUCGUAAUGCUGCAGGAUACACUCGUGCACUGCAUUCCGCUGAGACCGCCGCACUGCCCGACCAUCUCUACACCCGCGGCUUGCUAGGAGGCAGACAUUCUGAUAUCACCGUGCAUGCCUUCGGUCGACCUUACAAGCUCCAUCGUCUCGUUCUUGACCGUGCUCCAUUCUUUGCAAGCGCUCUGAGCGAACCGUGGCUCGAAGCAAACGCGAAGGAGAUGACAGUGCACCCAGAGGACAUGGACAGCUCAAUCACGCAGGAAGCUUUCGAGCUGGCUCUCAAAAGACUCUACGGUAGCUGUAAUCUUGAUGAAGAAGAUCAGAUUCCAGUUGGACUGUUUGCGACAGGAUGCUGGCUUGAGAUGCAGGAUUUGAUUGACUCGUCGAUUGAGUCGAUGUUGCGACAGAUGACUCCUGGCACACUAGCACCACUCAUCAAGCUUGUGACGAGCAACUAUUAUGGCAGAGCUGGAGACAAGAUUCUUGCGAGCGCCAAGUCAAUGCUGUGUCGUGAUGGAUGGAGGAUGCCUCUGCGGUGCUGGGAUGGCAUUCCUGGAGACAUCAUCCGCGAGAUCGUAGGUGGCGAUGGCUUCUUUGUCGACGGCGAAUGGGAUCGAUGGGCUCUGGCGAAACGGCUACUGGAUCGCAGAUUGAAAACACAGGCCAUUGCUGCUGACCUACUUGAGCCUGGAAGUCGGCGAAAGGUGCGGAAAGCUCCCGAUGCUGCCAAUCUGAUGGCCGUUCGCUUUGAUACUAUCUAUCGGAAGAGCGGUGCAGGUACUGGCCGCGGCGUUCCUGAUAGCCUGCACAAGUGGAUUUCGUUGUACAUUCACCCUGACGUGGAGCCGCUGCUAGUGCUUCUGGAUGAGGGUAUACAUUACGUGCAUCUGGACUUCGAACAGCUCCAGUUCAUCCGAAGUGCAAGAGACUGCCUUGGCUUGCCGGUGCUUCCAGAAAAGGUCAUCAGCAAUGCAUUGUGGCAACAGAUGGAGUUACGGCAGAAGGUGAUGAACGCUCGGGAAGUUGAGUUGGAGCUGGGUGUGAGUGUGCAGUGCGCAGAAGAUACCGCGAUGGACGCAAGUCGAGAUACAACAAUGUCGAUACUUUCGAGCUCAGAACCUGUGCGACCCAAGGGGAAGCGCAGAGCAACAGAAGCGGACGAAGUCAUAGACGAUAUCGACAGUGGGUCUUGGGAUGGCAACGGGAAGCCUCGCAAAUUCUGGAUACCAUCGUCUGACUGCAAUCUGAUUAUGGGAGGUAAUGCCGAGCCCAUCAUCGCAACAUCAAACAACACUACCAUGCAACGCCAUGCGAGCCGACUCAGCGCUACCAUUCAGCCAGAAGAUGUUCAGUGGGCAGCUGAUUUCACGGCUGCAACGUCGCAUCCAAGACCACCACUAUCAAUGGGUGACAGUGUUGCACAAGGGCAGAAUGGACCCGUGACUGUCAGCUACACGCACUUUCCGCCUUUCCGCUUCGCAGCCGAGUUCCCCAAUCCUAGGCUGCUCAAGGAGAAAAAGCGUGUCUACAGUCGCACCGUCUUCUAUGCAGGCAGCCUGUGGAACAUUUACAUACAAAAGGUGGCAUCGUCGCGGAGCAAGCAGCUGGGUGUGUAUCUUCACAGAGCGAAGGAACGUGAAACAGAAGAAGUCAUCGCCGGCACAGCUGGAUUGGCGCAGGGAAGUGUUGACGAGCGCAUCGGUCAGCUGGAGCGGGAGAUGAUCUUGCGAAGCGAACGUCGAGAUCGCAGACAGCACAGAAGGACCACAAUUGGGUCAGAUGGGGCUGAAGGUGACGGAACGGAAAGCAGUGGUAGUGCCGGGGUCGAAGAUGGGGCCAUACCAGGCGCAGCUUCCUCCAGUGGAACGGUGAGGUCAAGCACCAUGCGUGAAUACCUUGCUCGGGGUCAUCGCAAGACAGGCCAGACUGACUUGACCGGCACCUCUCCACCCACUUUAUCCGACCCCUUCACAGGUGGUGACGACAUGAUCACACCAGAGUCAGAGCUCGACAGCAGCGACUCGGAAUCUGAACGCUGGGCAGCCACGUCCAACAGGUUCCACGUCCCAACACUACCUCCCUACGUCGACGCUCGACCAACCAUCAAGACCUACUUCAAGAUCUACUCACCCUCUCGCGGCGGCCGCAUGCUCUCCGUCUACGAGUCUGCCCCCGACAAGUUCAAUUUCUCGCAGUCCUGGGGUUGGAAGAGCAGCACAUUGAUGCUCGACGAAGGGUUGCUAGGCGAUGACACGGACGACAUGAAGGAUGAUGUGGAUGGCGUCGGGGAGAGGGAGGGUACCUCCCGGAGGACGAUGAAGGGUAAAGGGGAUGGCAAAUUGAGGUUUAUGGUUGUGAUUGGGAAUAUUUGA